UACAAAAGUAUAAACACUAAACAGAACAGGCUGUUGUGGUGGGCAUGGAAACAAUGGAAGUCUACAAAGCACUCUGUUUGAUGAAUCUACUAGUUGCAUUCCUUUCAAAAGGGUCUCACUCUCAGUUGGAUGUAUGCGGAACCCCUCUCAACACUAGGAUUGUGGGGGGUCAGGAUGCUCUUGCAGGGAGUUGGCCAUGGCAGGCCAGUCUGCACAGAUCUGGCAGGCAUUUUUGUGGGGGAUCCCUCAUCAACAAAGAGUGGGUGCUGACUGCUGCUCACUGCUUCUCCAGCCCCAGUACAUCAAAUUUGGUGGUCUACGUUGGUCGUCAGAACCAGAAGGGCUCUAACCCCAACGAGGUGAACCGCGGGGUCACUCAGAUCAUGUCCCACCCCAACUACACCAGAAGUACUAAUGACAACGACAUGUGUCUUCUCAAGCUCUCCUCCCCUGUGACUUUUACCAACUACAUCCGGCCAGUCUGCCUAGCUGCACCAGGCAGCUCCUUUCAUGCCGGCACUACUAGCUGGGUCACUGGCUGGGGCACCAUCCGCAGUGGAGUGUCCCUGCCCUCACCAAAGACCCUACAGGAGGUGGAUGUGCCAGUAGUGGGAAACAGGCAGUGUAACUUUAACUAUGGAGUAGGUUCAAUCACAGACAACAUGAUCUGUGCUGGUCUAGCAGCAGGAGGAAAGGAUUCCUGUCAGGGGGACUCCGGAGGUCCGAUGGUAACCAAUCAGGGUACUCGCUGGAUCCAGUCUGGUGUUGUGAGUUUCGGCAAAGGCUGUGCCCUGGCAAAAUUCCCAGGAGUGUACACCAGAGUGUCCCAGUACCAGACCUGGAUCAACAGCCAGAUCAGCAGUGACCAGCCUGGCUUUGUCACCUUCUCCUCCAGUGGGACUGACUCUGACCUCAGUGUCUUCUGUACUGGUCUUUCAGCCCCUACAACCACCACUACCACUACAACCACCACUACAACUGCCCCUACAACUGCCCCUACAACCGCCCCUACCACUGCCCCUACAACCGCCACUCCAACUGCCCCUACCACUGCCCCUACUGCCCCUACAACCACCACUACCACCACAACUGCCCCUACAACCGCAUCUGUGGUGUGUGGCAGCGCUAGCUCCUCUUUGAACUCCCAUGUUGGUGGCGGAAGCUCGUUGGCGACAGCAGGUUUGUGGCCCUGGAUAGCCAGCAUACAGACUAACGGAGCGCACGUCUGUGGGGGCACUUUAGUGGCGGUAGACUCUGUCAUGAGUGAUGCCAGCUGCUUUUCUAGCCAGGCCAACGCCUCUGAGUGGACCGUGAUUCUGGGUCGUCUGAAGCAGAGCGGCUCCAAUCCCCACGAGGUAACCCAGAACGUCAUCAACAUCACCAUGAGCAAUGUGACAGGCAAAAACGUGGCCAUCCUCCGACUGGCCAGCCAACCCACAUUGUCUGACUACAUCCAGCCUAUCUGUGUGGACAAGGGAACCAGAACCUUCAGCACAGGGACUCCGUGUUGGGUAGCUGGCUGGGCAACAGGUCAGGGUGGCGCUGAGGAAGUUCUGCAGGAGUUCCAGACCUCUGUGGUGGAAUGUGUGAAUGUUUCGUCUACGGACAACAUUUGCACCGGAGCUGUGACACUACUGCAGGGUAAUGCCGGUGGUCCUUUGAUGUGUAAGCAUGGCAACUCAUGGUUCCAGACUGCUGUGUUGACUGUCGACAGCAACACCACUAGCAAUAACAGCACCAACAAAGCACGUUGGAGCAGGGAUCCCCACACCUCCCCUAUCCAAGUCUUCACCAAAACCUCCCACUUCCAAAACUUCCUGGCUGCCAAUUUGGGAACCUUCCUAUCCCCUGCCACUUCAGCUGGUGGCAGCAGUGGAGCUUCCCUGGCCCACUCCUCUCUCCUCCUCUUCUCCCUCUCCUCUGUCUUACUGUUGGGUUGGUACUAGGAAACUCCACAGCUACCAUUGACAAGCCCUCUCUAACUUCCAACCAAAAGUAUAUUUUUUUCGAGGAAUUAAUCAAUUUUUGUCAGUGACUGGUAGUGUGUCAAAGCCAGGAUUCUAGUUUUGAACUCAGGGAGCCUUCAUUUCCAGUCAUUUGAAUGAUGAAUGUUUCCAACUUCCUUUGUCUUUUUACUAUUUUUGCUGUCAAUGUUUUUGUAUCAGUAGCAUUUUCUGGAUACUAUUUUGUUAUGACACUUACAGCAUUGCUGUUUGAGACGCAAUAUGCAGGAUUUUCUGUUAACUGUCUGGGUGUGUAACAUGACAAUAUCCAGAUACCAUGUAAAACAAUGGAACAUAAUAAUGUUGCCAGAGUUGACCCUUUCUAGCCUGAGCGAAAUGUUCCAUUUCUUGCAGGAUCAAGACCUCUGCAUAUAUUAAUGGGUAUACUUUGCUGGUGUAAAACCAUGAUAGGCAUUUUGAAAGCGGAGAAACAGCCCCUUGACUGAUUGCUAUUGUAUGUCACAUUUCAAGAAAUAAACUGAAAAUAUGCUUCUUAUACAAAAAUCGAUGCUUUCUCCCAAACAACUGCCAUUCCCACAACUUUUUAAUGAAGAUGAGGAAAGAGAGCAUAUUGUCUUUGUUUGAUAAGUGUUGAACAUUUGAAAUCAGAAUAGAAAUACCUUUUACUGAUGUUAUUUUUCAAAAAUUCUAUGGAAUAUUCUUUGAUCAGACACUAUCUGGUUAGUAAAUAAAUAAACAUCUGCAUCAAAACAAAUGACAACUAGCAUUUAGUCUUACAUAAGGAAAUAAGUCAUAUAAUAUUAAAACAAUUAUUCUUUCAAUGAAGUUAUGGGGAAUAGAUUGUCUGUCAUAGCCAUAACAUUAAUCUCAGUGAUUUUUACCAUAAAAAUUGAUCUGGAAUUACAGUGCCUAUAGAAAGACUACGCUCCCUUAACUUUUUCAAAAUGUUGUUGUGAGAAAAUAAGUAUAUAUUAAAAAUACAAAACUGAAAUAUCA